AUGGACAGGCCGAUACCUGCAUUCUAUGCUUGUUAUCUGCUUCGUUCGACAGUCCGCCACCAGAAUCUCUAUGUUGGAAGCACGCCACAUCCCGUCCGACGUUUGAAGCAACACAAUGGGAUCGCCAAAGGCGGAGCUGUGAGAACAUCCAAGAACACGCUACGACCAUGGGAAAUGACUUGCCUUGUCACCGGAUUUCCUUCAAAAAUUGCUGCAUUGCAAUUUGAAUGGGCAUGGCAAAACACACACCAGACACGACAUAUUGCUCCAGAUGAGCGCAUUACUCAAGCCAACACAAAACAAAGAUUUUCACCACGGACUGGCAAGGUACGCAAGCGCACAGGACGACCUCGUAUGUCAAUGCACGACAAACUUGCCAAUCUUCAUAUCUUGCUAAGAGCAAAGAGUUUCGAACGUUGGCCAUUACAAGUUAAGUUCUUUGCCGAAGAUGUGUACAAAAUGUGGCACAGAUGGACCGUCAACAUGCCUGAAGUCAUUCGUCAGGGUAUUGAAGUUGAGAUGGAUGAAUCGGUUUUACAAAACACAGCACCCGAAGAGGACCUCUCAAACCCCGUUGGCAUCCAUAAGAUCGACCCUACUUAUCAACACAUGAAGACCUUUUUAGAAAAGAGCCGAAGACUGCUAGUCGUACCGAAUAACAAUUGCGUCAUUUGUUGCUCUUCUCUCGAUGCAACAAAAGAAAUGGCGCUUGUAUGUUUCAGCCAGGAAUGCAACUCAAUCUUCCAUGUCGGAUGUUUAUCGAGUCAUUUCCUCAAGGGUGAAUAUGGCGCUGAAGGCGCGAUUGUCCCAACACAUGGGCAUUGCCCAUCUUGCGAAUCAAGCCUGGACUGGACCGACCUUGUGAAGGAUUUGAGCUUGCGCAUCCGUGGCGAAAAAGAAGUCACAGCUCUGUUCAAAGAGCCAAAGCGUCGUAAAAAGAACGUCAAAGAGAGUGCAAAGAGCGCUGCCGUUGUCGAUGAGGAUGAAGCGGAGGAACCUGACGUUUUGGCAAAUGAAAGUGACCUCGAGGUGGAUUUUGACGACGUCUUGCUGCAGUCAGACUAUGAAGACGUUGAUCAGAUGCAAGCAACACCUUCCGGCGAUGAUGAUGAGUGGAAGCUGGUCGACAAGUUGAACGAACAGGACACACCCCGCGUCGUCGUUUCGGCAAGCUCUUCAGCCGCCAAAGUGCGAAAAGCAGUCAUCGAAGACAGCGACUGGGAUGAAGCUGAGGUCAUCGAAUGA